AUGUCUUCGGAUGGACUCAAUCGACGUGAAAGAGUUGUCAAUAGGAAUGGCGACACAAAUAAGGAGAACGUGUGUCGAGUGGUGUCUCGAGAAGUGUCCGAAAGACCACAAAACCAGAGUAUUAUAAAGCGAGUGAUGAGCGGAAUGGCGCUCUCGAUGACUAUUCUUGCAGUGGUUUACUACACGACACAAUGCAAUGACACCAAAGAGCUAGUGAUGGCUUCGGUCACUCAAUCCAUAACGGGUUCUCCGAUCGCACAGCAAGUGAUGUGUUCUCAAGACUAUACCGCAGACAGAGUUCGGUUCCCGUCUUGUGUUCCUCAAAGAUGCGGACGUUUUGUGUCCGAUUCGGUGAUCACUGAAUCGGAAGCCAAACACUUGCUGUCAGUCGCGAAGAGAGGCCUAUCAUUGGGCGGCUCUUCGGGCGGCCACUCUCUCCUCAGCUUACAUUCGGGCGACCUUUGGAUGGCAACUAAUAUCGUGAAUAUCUAUAAACUCAUUGAAAGGACACAACGAACGGAGGCGGACCUGAAAGAGCUGUUCACCGAAAAAGACCUAAAAGUCUACAGACGGGUGACGAACAGAAUCCGCAAAACGAUUGCAAUUCAGUUCGGGAUCCCUUGGGCUGAGCUCUACUUAACAAAUCCGACGUAUUUCUCGAGGAUGACGGCGAAGAGGGCCCAAAUGAGAUUCGACAAGUAUUGGCUCCGACACGUUGACAGGAAGAAUCGAUUCGAUCUCUUCACUUCUCUGCUGUAUUUGUCGACAUAUGGCGCGGACUUCACGGGCGGACGCUUCAUAUUCGCCGACCAGAUGUCGAACACAACAAUUGAGCCUAAGUUGGGACGCCUCGUGGCGUACACCGCGGGCUCAGAGAACCGGCACCGCGUCGAGAGGGUCACCUCCGGGACCCGAUAUGCGCUGCUUAUGGCCUUCACCUGUAACCAUGAGUUCGCCGCCAAAGACCUACCGAUUGUUAGACAGCAGACAUGCGACCAACCAUUUUGUUUGCUGUAUGGCGUAGGCUGUCCAACAUUAUUUUCUACCAAUAAAUUUUCUGAAUAA